AUGGAGGGUGCUUGUGAAGAGAGCGAAUGGGAGAUGCCUCGUUCAGACUGGGUGCAGCUGGAAGUGGCCGGGGGGGUGAUCCUGGAGUGUUGCCUGGGUACUUGGGAAGUGGGCUUCCUGAAGGGGCCACCUGCUGGCCUGCACAAUUUUCGUUUUCGGAAAGGCGCUGAGCCUCUGAUACGUGCGGGAUACGUCCUCACAACUCGGGCACUGACCAGCUGCCGCGGCUCCGAAAUCACAACUCGUCUAGCAGCCCUGACUAAUGCGCAAGCCCCCCUGCGCCGAUGCAAGGUCGCUUUUCAGUACCGGAAACCGAUCUGGUGCGCCAACGACGAUGCAUCGGGUUUCGAAUAUGACAUUGAUACGAUGUGUUUCUCGACGAUCAAAAUCUGGGACGACCAUGCCAGGUUUAAUUCUUUCUCCCUGUUCUCUGCCGGCGAGGUUCAGCCCAUACUGUCCGUCUCUGGCGUUACCAGCUGCGGGGAGCGGUGGCUGCUAAUAUUGCGAUUCUUCCGGCAUAUUGGUUCCAAGAGGAUGCUGCGGAUCAACUCUCUUGCAUAUGUGCUCACUGCCAAUCCUUUCGUGAAGAUGGAGGUGGGGGUUGAAAAGGGCUGCAUCCACUACGUCAAUCUGUUACCUAGGCGGUUUCAAUAUUUCGUUGUUGCCUCACUCGUCAUGGGAUGGGCACCUACAAGGCUUACGGCUCGGACAUUUUGCGACAAGCCCUGUCGCAGUAUCCGUGAGUUCUUAUGGCGUCAUAUUGAAAAGAACCAGGAAGCGCCCGCCGUCCUGUAA